AUGAAUAAUGUAUUAAAUUAUCUUUUAAAUAUUCGCGAGGAAUGCGAAGUCUUCCAUCUAUCUGAUAAGCAGUUGAGGGAAAUUAUGAGCAGGCUCCACAACGACCUGCUCAAAGGUUUAGGCAAAGACAGUCAUGCGAAUGCUAUUGUGAAAUGUUGGAUAACUUAUAUACAAGACUUACCUAAUGGAAAAGAACGCGGCAAAUUCUUGGCGUUGGACUUAGGCGGGACGAAUUUCAGAGUUUUAAUAAUAAAUUUAGGUGACAAUCACUUCGAUAUGCAGUCAAAAAUCUACGCUAUACCCAAUCACAUAAUGACCGGCACUGGAAUCGCUCUAUUCGACCAUAUUGCUGAGUGUUUAGCUAAUUUCAUGAAGGAACACAAUGUAUAUGAAGAACGCCUAGCUUUAGGCUUCACGUUUAGUUUCCCGCUAAAACAGCUCGGCCUUACCAAGGGUAUAUUACAACGUUGGACCAAAGGAUUCUCAUGUUCCGGAGUGGUUGGAGAGGACGUAGUACAAGGACUAAAAGACGCGAUCGCUAGACGAGGAGACGUACAGAUCGAUAUAUGCGCCAUAUUGAAUGACACCACCGGGACCUUGAUGUCUUGCGCAUGGAAAAACCACAAUUGCAAGAUAGGACUCAUAGUCGGUACGGGCAGCAACGCAUGUUACGUAGAAAAGACUGAGAAUUGUGAACUAUUUGAUGGAGAACCCGGCAAGCCAGAACUACUCAUUAAUACUGAAUGGGGCGCUUUCGGUGAUGAUGGGGCGUUAGACUUCGUGAGGACCGAGUUUGAUAGAGACGUGGAUGAAAACUCCAUCAACCCAGGGAAACAGAUUCAAGAAAAGAUGAUUUCUGGUAUGUACAUGGGCGAACUAGUACGUCUCGCGCUAGUGAAAUUCACGCGGAUGGGUUUGCUAUUCGGCGGGCGAGGAUCCGACUUGUUGUUCCAGAGAGGAAAGUUCUACACGAAAUACGUUUCCGAAAUAGAAUCGGACAAACCCGGGGACUAUACUAGCUGUAUGGAAGUCUUGGAGGAACUAGGGUUGGAACACGCCAGCGAAUCAGACAUGGCGGGUGUACGUCACGUGUGUGAGAGCGUGUCGCGCCGCGCGGCGCACCUAGUGUCAAGCGGGAUCGCGACGCUCCUCAACAAGAUGUCGGAACCUCGCGUGACAGUCGGCAUUGACGGAUCCGUGUAUAGAUUCCAUCCGCACUUCCAUACACUCAUGUGUGAUAAGAUAGCCACACUCGUACGACCAGGAUUACAGUUCGACCUCAUGUUGUCUGAGGACGGCAGCGGCCGCGGGGCGGCGCUAGUAGCGGCCGUCGCGUGUCGUGAGCGGGAAAUGGCGUAG